AUGGAGAAUUCGUUAAUCCCACAGGGCAUCGAAAUGGUGCAAAAAGCCAUUUCGGCAGACAACGAAGGGGAAUACGAAAAGGCACUGGGUUUGUAUCGCGACGCUCUGGCUCGUUUCACCAUGGGACUCAAAUACGAAAAGAAUGAAGCGCGUAAGAAACUUAUUCUUGAACGCGUGGAAGGAUACAUGAAUCGGGCUGAGGAACUCUCGGAUUACGUCAAGAAACAAUCGGAAUUGGAUAAAAAUGGAGGAGGAGGCGUAGCGGCCAAGAACAAAGACGAUGGUGACGACGACGGUGACGCCGACAAGAAGAAACUACGGGGGUCGCUUUCAGCAGCAAUUGUCACGGAAAAGCCAAACAUUUCCUGGGAGGACGUGGCUGGUCUGGAAAACGCCAAGGAGUCACUCAAGGAGACUGUCAUUUUGCCAACAAAAUUCCCACAACUUUUUACUGGAAAGCGGAAACCUUUCAAGGGCAUCCUCCUCUACGGUCCUCCUGGAACGGGUAAAUCCUAUUUGGCCAAGGCGGUCGCAACCGAAGCGGAUUCCACCUUCUUUUCCGUAUCAUCCGCAGAUCUCAUAAGCAAGUGGCAAGGCGAAAGCGAACGACUCGUUCGAAACCUCUUUGAAAUGGCCCGAGAAUCGCCCGGUAGUCGCGCCAUUAUAUUCAUCGAUGAAGUCGACUCCCUCUGCGGUAGUCGCUCAGAGGGAGAAUCGGAUUCUCUUCGUCGUGUCAAGACGGAAUUUCUCGUUCAAAUGGACGGUGUCGGCAAACAAGACGGACAAGUCCUCGUGCUCGGGGCCACCAACAUUCCGUGGGAAUUGGACGCGGCUAUUCGUCGGCGUUUUGAAAAGCGGGUGUACAUUCCCCUCCCGGAAGCCGAAGCUCGAUCUUACAUGCUCAAGUUGCAUCUAGGCGACACGCCUAACGAUUUGGAAGAGGAAGAUUUUGAUCGCCUGGGUACAAUUACUGAAGGAGCGUCCGGAUCUGACAUCCAAGUCCUCGUAAAAGAAGCCUUGAUGGAACCCCUGCGAAGAUGCCAGCAAGCCAAGCAAUUUUACAAAGAUGAGGAAGGCUAUUUUCAUCCGUGUACAAAAUACCCAAACUGUUCCAAUUUGUGGGAUGUCCCAGGCGAGAAGCUUAGGGCCCCCAAGGUCGUGCGUAAAGACUUUGAAAAGGUUAUGAAGCAUUCCGUAGCCACCGUAUCACCGGAUGAGCUCAAGCGGUUUGUGGAUUGGACCAAGAUGUUUGGGCAAGAUGGCGCAUAG